GUCUGUUUCUGUAAAAACAAAAUGAGUUACAGGACUACGAGGACUGCUCUACAAUUCGUGCUUUUGAAGAUCAAAAUGCUGAUGAAUCCAUGCCAGCACAAGCCUUGCCUACUAAAGUGCAAGAGGGGCGAAAUGCCGUGUGUUUAGAGAGACCCGAAAAAAAGCCUCGCAGUUGCGUAGAAGUGGUCCAGCCAAACCCGGAUGUAACCAACGCCUAAUUGCCGGAGAAAAACGAUGCAGACUAUAAAGUGUGUGGUGGUGGGGGACGGGGCUGUAGGGAAGACAUGUCUACUCAUCUCCUACACAACCAACAAAUUCCCCUCAGAAUACGUGCCUACGGUGUUCGAUAAUUAUGCCGUAACGGUGAUGAUUGGUGGAGAACCCUACACACUGGGACUUUUUGAUACAGCAGGUCAGGAGGACUACGAUAGGCUGCGGCCUCUCAGCUACCCACAGACGGAUGUCUUCCUUGUAUGUUUUUCCUGCGUCUCCCCCUCUUCCUUUGAAAACGUCAGGGAGAAGUGGGUGCCAGAGAUUUCCCACCACUGUCCUCGUACACCCUUCCUGCUGGUGGGAACCCAGGUGGAUCUGAGGGACGACAGCAACACCGUGGAGAAGCUGGCAAAGAACAAACAGCGCCCCCUGUCCCCUGAGAGCGGAGACAAGCUGGCUCGGGACCUCCGGGCUGUCAAAUAUGUGGAGUGCUCUGCCCUCACACAAAGGGGGCUGAAGAACGUGUUUGACGAGGCCAUUCUGGCAGCCUUGGAACCUCCCGAGACUAAACCCAAGAAGCGCUGCGUCCUGCUAUAAAGGGAGAAGGAGAAGAGUGAGGGAUGGAUGGAGGUAGAGCGCUGGGUUAAGAAUGGGUGGGGUGGUAACAAAUAAGACAGACCGAUCAAUGGCCAGCUUGAAAAAGAGUGGGGGGACAAAGUGAGAAAUUAGGAGAUUUAAUGGCAUCAAGACUGAUACAUUCUCAUACACUGUGCCUUUUGAAUAUCUAUUGAAAAAGGAGAAGGGAACAAAAGCGAGUUGUUUUUUUAAAGUAGAGAAUACAAGAGAAUCAACAGGACUUUCAUCUCCAGAUUAACUUCAGACAUCUGCAGUGUUUCCCCUGACAUUACUUAGUUGGGGCUGCUCCCCCUCCCCCUGCCAAGCUGGCACCCCCAGUUUAAUAGAAAUGGCUGCACUGGGUUGUUUCUUUACAUUGAUGGUUAGCAGCCUUCAUGUUUCCUUGAGGGGCCUUUGUGUCCAGCUUAAAUAAAAUGUGUCUAGAUGAAAUACUCCAUUUACAUUAUUUACUUUUGUUGUUCCUUUGAAGUAGGAGGGAGAGAAGAAACGAUUUAUUUCCACUCCAGACCAGAUUAGCAAGCUAGAAUAUUUCUUUUUACUUUUGGGAACACCAAGUGCUUUUUCACCUCAGUUUCUACUGCCUACUGCAGGUGAUACCGAGAACUGAAUUCAGAUUAUUUCUGUCUACUUUCUUUUUUUAAAUGGACUGCUUGCGGCUCCAACUUUUCCCAGACCUUUCUUUCUCUGGACUAAAGAUCCCGAAGCUUAUGUGCAUGUGCAGAUUCUCAAUGCAUAGUUUCUGCUCUGUUAGAAGAGAACAGGCGAUUGGUGCAAAAACAAGGUAGGCUAUACUACAGUUUAACACCAUCUGCUGUAAUACUUGAAUCACUUUACAUCAUUCAAAACCACACUGUAGCUCAAGAUGAUCAAAGUCCAUAAGCCAAAGAGACUGAAUUAAUAUCAAUAGUUUGCAGAUGCUGAAUGGACAUUUCCUCAAAAUACUUGAAUAUAGAUUCACUAUUGACAGUGAGAAAUGUGAAGGCAAGGAGGCUGUGCAAAGUAAAAGGAAA